GUGUGUAAUACAGAGAUCACAGAGCUGGGGAAGCCAGAGGGUGACUGCGCCUCAGACAAGCUGUACCUCCUGCACGUUAGUUAGGGGCACCUGCUAAAGAGAAGGGGGCGCGUGCAGGGGGAUUAAGGCUGCACCCGGGCAUUGUCAUUUGUAUGCUGCUAGCACUGGAUUGUCACCACCUGGGGAUUUGUGUGCAAGGGAUCUGUGGAUGUCUGCUCAUCUGUAAGCUGCUCUUUGUUUCCAAGCCAUGAUUGCCAACAUGCAGAGCGAGAGACGCCUGGGUGCCCCACGCUUGGCUCCCUGCAGACCUCGCUCCAAGAGGCUGGAGAGUGAUGAACCCCCAGCUAAAUGUCCUCGGCUUAGCGAGACCCCACCGGACAGUGGAUUCCUGCCUUCCCCGGGGUCUCCGCAACCCCUAACCCCGACCUGCACUAGCCCACAGCACCAGGGACCCACAUGUAUAGGGAAUUACUUGCUGCUCCCGGCUGGCGACCGAGAACACGUGUCCAGAGCCCUGAACCUGCACACGGGAGCGGAGCUGCAGUGCAAGGUAUUUCCCCUAAAGCACUACCAGAAGAAAAUUGAACCUUACAUCCACUUACCCUGGCAUCGUAAUAUCACUGGGAUAUUGGAAGUUAUUCAGGGGGAGAGCAAAGUGUAUGUUUUCUUUGAGAAGGACUAUGGUGAUAUGCAUUCCUAUGUGAGAAGUUGCAAGAAACUGGGAGAAGAGGAGGCCGCCAAGCUAUUUAAACAAAUCAUCAGUGCCGUUUCUCAUUGCCAUCGUUCAUCUAUGGUCCUGGGUGACCUCAAGCUUAGGAAGUUUGUGUUUUCAGACAAAGAAAGGACUCAGCUAAGACUAGAAAGCUUAGAAGAUGCGCACAUCAUGAAAGGUGACGACGAUGCAUUGUCAGACAAGCAUGGCUGCCCAGCGUAUGUCAGCCCGGAGAUCUUAAACACCACUGGGACUUAUUCUGGCAGAUCAGCGGACGUGUGGAGUUUGGGUGUAAUGUUGUACACUCUUCUAGUAGGACGUUAUCCUUUUCAUGACUCAGACCCCAGUGCCCUAUUUUCUAAAAUUCGCCGUGGACAGUUCUGUAUUCCCGACCAUGUUUCUCCUAAAGCCAGGUGCCUUAUUCGGAGUCUGCUGAGACGGGAACCCACCGAGCGCCUCACAGCUGAAGAAAUCUUGUUGCAUCCUUGGUUUGAAGCGGCUUCACAGCCCAGUUGUGCAGAUCAGGAUACGAGCAGCACUGACCAGUUGGUACCUGAUGUGCCUCAGGACUGUGAUAAUAUAGACUCUUUCUUCUGUUAGCCCUCACCGCAUUCAGAAGCGUAUUUUCAAGAGCCCUUUGUUCCCUCUUAUCAAGGCCAUACAGCAGAAGUGUAAUAAAAGUGUCAAUUAUAAGCAGAGGGCCACACGUGCUAAAACCUUGCACUAGCCAUCUGCAAAGUAUUACAUGAAAUGCUCGCUAUGACCCUUCUAAAUUUGCCAACAUUUAUCCUUUUUGCAAGAGCUUUGUAGCAUUUCUAUCCAUUUUGUUAUAACCCAUUAAAGGGCCAGAACACUUAGGCAGGCUAAAGAAUAUGGUCCUUCAGACAACACAAAAGUACUUGAGUUCACACUCUAACAGAAAAUUCUGUACUUUGAGAAUAUGCGGUGCAAUCGUUAUGGUCUUGAAACUUGCCCCAAAUAAGGCAAGAGCUGAAAAAAAUUAAAAGUGGAAUAAUUUCUAAAAUGAAUUGAUGUAUUUGUAUGAAGUUCUCUAAUUCGGGGAGACAUAGUUGUAUUCCGCCUAAUCCUACAGAAAUUGUAACAAUUGUGUAUGGAAAUUAAUAUGCCUUAAUUUCAUCACUGCCUUUAAAAAUAAAAAUCAAAUCUGUUACCUAUCUAUCCCCUUCUGAUGUAUAUUGAUCUGUACAGGGAUUUUUCCAGUACUUCUAUUUAAACUUCUAUCACUAUGAAGAACGAGACGGUUAAUUCCUUAAACGGGUAAUUGAUGUAUCUUGAAAUCCACUAUGGUCAAAAUGUCGUUGCUAAGGGCAAGGCCAUACCAAGCUAUCACUAUUGUGAAAGUGACAUGUAUACCUCAUGUAAUAUAUUAUUAUUUUUUUUUUUUCUUCCUUUUUGCCAGAAAGGACUGCAAUGAUUUAAAAACAAUUACUACUAAGUUAAACAGAUGUAAACUAUUAAUAUGUAUUUAAUGCAUUCAGUUUUAUUUACCUUUCAGUUAAUUAUUUAUGUAUUAAACUAAUUUCACACAUCUACCUAAACACACUGCGUUACAUUUAUAUUCCUGGUGCGCAAAUUGAAUUUAGGCCAAUAUUUUUGUUCUUAAUACAUUGUAGCCUCUCCUGGCAGUGUAAAGGUUAUUUCUAUUUUUAUUCCCCCCCCCCCAUUGAUUGUAAAUAAAAUUACAAAAAAAGAAGCAAUUGUAAUGUGAAUAACUGUUGGCAAAACUAUCUGUCACAGAAAAAAAUCGUGAGAGAUAAAUGAGGUUGGAAAAUCUCUGUUGCACUAACAUCCUUGCGGUUGCGUGACUAUUGUAUCUGUGAUACGUUGUAAAUUAAAGUUAACUCUGUAAAUAACAGCUUGUGAGGGGUAUAGGGUUAAGUGGGGGAACGACACUGAAAACACUAUGUCAAAUAUGUAAAUAUGUUGAAACCUAAUUAUGGUUUAAUUUGUAAGUAUGUUGUAAUAAAUAUUUGUUUUUUAA